AUUAAUGUCAACGUUCUAUGCUUGAUCCAAGUGCUUCAGACUGAAGCGUUCCGAUAGUAUGUUUGGAGAAGUUAAGAAGAUUGUAUGUUUGUGUAGACGGUGGCAACGACCAAAUACCAUCAAAUUUUUCAUGCAAACUAUAUUUAUUCGCUUCGAGCAACUAAUACACGUGAAGAGAUGUCGUUAAGUCAAACAAAUCCGAGCCACACCGUCGAGACAAAUGAAAGUGUGAAUCCUGGAACAAGCGCUCAAAUAACAUACACUUGUUAUACUCCUCCGCCUUCGUAUUCUAAUAUCAAUCUACCUCUGGGACAUUCAUCAACAUCUCAAGAACCUAACGAGCGUGGUGCACCUCCUUCUUAUGAGGAAGCAAUAGAUCCUAAUGCUCCUCCACCAUCGUAUGAUUCACUGUUUGGCCGUGUAAGAGAAGCACAUAAAGUUUCUAAAGGAGUGUUUGAUUUUUUGAAGAAUAUUGUUAUUUUAUUGUUAGGCACUAUUGGAUGUACUAUUAUCUUAGGAGUAACAAUUGUAAUUCCAAUAUGCAUGAUGGUCAUUGGUGGACUUUAUCUUAAUGACUGUCCACAAGGAGAAUAUAUUCCUGUGUAUUUAUUAGUGGGUGGUGGGUUUAGUAUUUAUAAACAAUUGUUACAUUUGUGUGCAAGAAUACGUCACCAACAAGGAGGAACAGACGAAGACAGAAUGCGACAGAGUCCUAGGCAAACAUUAAUUGACUGUUUUAUGCUUGGUUGGUUCAUUAUAGGCUCUAUGUGGGUGUACAAAGAAUAUGAACCAAAUUAUGAUCCGGCUUUAGGCAAAUACUGUAAUAAAACAUUGUACUUAUUUGCCUUUUGGCUGACCACAGCAAUAUAUAUAUGCUUGGGUGUGAUAACGGCAUGUCUAUGCAGUAUUUCGAUAGCGAGUAUCGCGUUCCAGAGACCGCCGCCUGACUUAAUGUGAAAACUCAUUCGAUCAUUUUUUUAGUUUGGGAACAAAGCGUAAUAGUAUCUGUGGAUACGAAUGACGUAGUGACAGGGCACAAAAUUCGUCCACGCUUACGUACCUGAAGAUGCUUGAACAACAGUUUCUAAACGAAUCGUUUGUACGUUCAACGCACAACCAACACGCUCGAAUUUCGUAAUUGAACGGUUGUAAUUUAUUUCUUGAGUAUACUUCGUUUGCUAAAGGUCUUGAUAUUACACUCUAGAAAAAAAACUGGAAGAAAGAAAACGAGAAGGAAUGCUGUAAUCAAUUAUCAGGGCUGUGGAUACUUCGUAAUAAUGGCAAAUUUUUUUGAUACUGUGCCAAGAGAUAGCAGAGUCAGAGUUUCAAAGUAUUUUGCUAUCGGAGUGUGGAUCGCGCGACGGACUGGAUUCAUACCGGAUGUCUUUAUUACGGUAGAAUGUAUAUUACGGCGUGUUAUGCCGAUUCUAACGCAAGAGUGUCAUCGAACACUGUGAUACAUGAGAGAAGUCUCACUGUCAAUGUGCUGUCAUACUACGAUGUACAUCGUGAUAUAUUACAGUUCGCAACUGUUUAACAGUUCUUUAGGAGCGAAAUGUUUUUGCUCGCCCGUGCAGAUAGUUUAUCGUUAAAAGACUGCGACACAUUUUUUUAUUCCUUUAGCCCUCCUCCGUCCUUUUAAACCUUUCGAACUCUAUUGAGAUUUUACGUCAAUGUAGUCGAACGACCGUUUUUUAUAAAGACUCGUUUCAAGACUAUUAGGGUUGCAUGUACUUUUUAUCUACGAUACACGUGCCUUUAGUGUUUCGAAAACAAUAUUCUCAAACGCCAGUAUUUAUGAGUAUUGAUAGAGAUUGCAAUUUUCAACAAAUUCUCGCGUUCAAUUUCUAUUUAACCAUAGUGGAUGAUAAUCCGAUUCAAGAUAACGUAUUAACGUGUAACGUGUGUUUCGUCUACUUUCGUACUCGUCGUUGACUACUUUUGAAACAAGCGUUUCGUCUUCCUUAUUAUUUAGCCCAUAUUAAUGAGUGCAAAUAAUUUAGGGGACGUAGGGCGUACAUACUUGUUCACGUCGAUGAGAACUACUUUUCCACACGCUUGCACGCAUGAAGGAUGGUUAGCGAGCUUGCGUUUUCAACAUUAGAAGGCGAGAAGACACUUGUAUACAAACUGCUAUAAACUGCUU